UCACUUCCUGUACCACCACCUCCUUUGUCUGUGCCCCAGGUUUCGGUACGCAAGGCUGGUUAUUUAUUUAUUUCCUUUUUAUUUGGAGGAUAUAUUUUCAUAUAUCCAUUACUUUUUCAUUUAUUGAAUGACAGUCGACUCUGAAAUAUUUAUGCCUAAAAGCAAAGCGCCAAAAAUGGAUGACCUGGACUACAGCUGUAAGGUUGAGUGCUCCAGUAUAUCAAGGCUGCAAUGAGACGCCCGUCAUCAACCGCCUGAUUUUCCACACAUUUCCAUUUGACUAGACAACAAAAAUGGAGGAAUUAGGUACAGUCCCGGUAGACCUGAGUCCAGAGGAGCGCUCUGAGCUGGAGGACAUCCGUCGGAGGAAGGGAGCUCUGCUGCAGGAGAUCCAGAGGCUCAGAGACGAGCUCAGAGAGGCCAUCAUAGAGGUGGAGGGACUGGAGACCAGCACAGAGGGCAGUAAAACUCUACAGAAGAACAGGCAUGUGGCCAUGGGAAGGAAGAAGUUUAACAUGGACCCCAAAAAGGGUAUUGUGUUCCUGGUGGAGAAUGAGUUGCUCAGACACACUCAAGAGGAUGUUGCCCAGUUCCUGUACAAAGGAGAGGGACUCAACAAGACUGCGAUAGGAGACUACCUGGGAGAGAGGGAGGACUUUAAUCUCAAGGUUCUGCAGGCGUUUGUUGACCUUCACGAGUUCACUGAUCUCAACCUGGUCCAGGCUCUCAGGCAGUUCCUGUGGAGUUUCCGUCUGCCUGGCGAGGCUCAGAAGAUUGACAGGAUGAUGGAGGCCUUUGCCCAGAGAUACUGUCACUGCAACCCUGGGGUCUUCCAGAGCACUGAUACGUGCUAUGUGCUGUCGUUUGCUAUCAUCAUGCUGAACACCAGCCUCCACAACCCCAACGUGAGAGACAAGCCUGGAUUGGACCGCUUCAUCUCCAUGAACAGAGGCAUCAACGAGGGUGGAGACCUGCCAGAGGACCUGCUCAGAAAUCUUUAUGACAGCAUCAAGAACGAGCCCUUCAAGAUCCCUGAGGAUGAUGGGAACGACCUGACACACACCUUCUUCAACCCUGACAGAGAGGGCUGGCUCCUCAAACUAGGAGGAGGACGGGUGAAGACCUGGAAAAGAAGAUGGUUCAUUCUCACAGACAACUGCCUUUACUACUUUGAGUAUACUACAGAUAAGGAGCCCAGAGGUAUCAUUCCCCUAGAGAACCUGAGUAUCCGGGAGGUUGAAGACCCCAGGAAACCUAACUGCUUUGAGCUGUACAUCCCCAACAACCGUGGUCAGCUGAUCAAGGCCUGUAAGACGGAGGCAGACGGCAGAGUGGUGGAGGGGAACCACAACGUGUACCGCAUCUCUGCCCCCACACCUGAGGAGAAAGACGAAUGGAUCCACCACAUCAACUCUGCGGUCAGCGUGGACCCCUUCUAUGAGAUGCUGGCUGCCAGGAAGAAACGCAUAUCGUUAAAGAAGAAUGAGGAACAACCGUAGAACAUUCCCUUCUUCCUCUCUCUUCAUCCCCUCCUCCACCUCUUCAUCUCUCAUUCCAACAUGGGACAAGCCUUUCUCUCCUUCCUAGAUUAAUUUCAUUCCUCACUUUUUUCCCCUCUUUCUUUCUUUGUGAGGAGGACUUGUUGCUAUCCUGUUUAAGAGACUGGCCAGCACAA